CAUCUAUGUUUUCUUUUCCUACACAGAAAUGAUAUGUAUGCCAAUUUUCAUCAUCUGGCCAUUCAGCCCAACUUUGUUACAGUCUUUAUAUACACCCAGAUUUGUAAGGAAAAGUAUAGGAAGCGAACUGACAAUGGCAGUUGGAUGUCAGCGGUACGGCGUUGCGGCAGUGGGCAUCUGGAAGGAAUCAUUUGAUACAAGAGGCCGAUUAUCCCGCGCUAACUGAAGGCCAAUUUGCUGGUGGGCCGAGCAGCGAGCAGGGCAGGCGAGGGCGGGCGCGGGCGGGGAACGCGGGCCAGCAGUCGCGUCGUGUCUGCCGAGGCGAGCUGCGGCGGCAUGUGGCGCAGCAUGUGGCGCGCCGGCUGCCUCCUCCUGUGCCUAGUGCCAGUUACGCGACAGAUAUCGAUCACAGAGUUCUCAGUCCCGCAUGCGGUGCAGGCGGGAGAGGAUGCAGACCUGCACUGCAAGUACGAGCUGGCGGCAGAAGAGUCCGACAAGGGCAUGUACGUGAAGUGGUGGUGGACGCCCCUAAACGCCACCAGCGAUCAGAUGCACCAGCUAUACCAGAGGAUAGUCGGCCUCGAACCCGUCACUAUUCAUAGCACUAUACGUCUAGAGUUAUUGGAAAACGAUGGCAUUCGACUGUUAAACAUGACCCCCGCCGACUCUGGGACCUACGAGUGCGAAGUGUCUAACAUAGACGAGGCGCGGGCGCACCAAGACGUCAUCGUCUACUCGAUGGGCAGUGGGCCGCAGCUGAAUUUCUCGGUGGCGGAGGAUGGGCCCGAUGAGGACGAGGAAGAGGAUGUGACGGUGACGUGCGAAGCGAGCGACGUCGCGCCAUACCCAGACAUGUCCAUCACUGUAGACGGGAAUUUAAUUUCUAACGUCUCAGAAAAUGUAGAGGGGCCAUUCGACGGAUUGUAUGACAUUGUGUUCAAUGCGACUGUCAGCAAAAGUACAGUCGACGGCGCCGAAGUGCGCUGCGAAUUGUUCUUUAAAAAUGACAAUAUUUCGCACCCCGCCUACGUCGAUAUUGAAACAUACAACUCAUCAGGCGACGAGCCGACCACGACGGAAGCCCCAGAGACCUCCACCACUACCGAUAUCGUCUCCGACACUUUAAAGAACAUAAAUGGCGGAGAGAGACUUGGAACUUGUCACUUUUUUGUCUUUGGGAUUCUGUUACCAGCACUUUCUAGCGCAAUUUUGCUUUAAUUCUUUCAAUGUGAUACUAAUAAAUAAUUACAAUAUUUCUUAAAACUUCUAUACGAUAUGUUUGUUGUAAU